AUGAUGACGAUAAGCGAGAGUCAGUACUCAUCAAACAAGAUGUCCAGCAUCCAUAAGAUCAACGACCGGGUGGUACACCGGGACAGCUUCGACGACGUCAAAAGCUCCUCUAGCGUCAACAGUUCUUUAAUCACUAAGCGAGGCUUCAAACCCUCGGACAUGUUCGACCCCAAAAAAAAAGAGUUCCUCACCAACCUCAGCUACAAACUGUUCCCUAACGACGUCGAAGUGCCCGGCGAUACGUCGCCUCCCCCGGACCUGCUCCCCGAAGACUUAGAAAACAAGCCUAUCGUGGUGGGCGACAAGGAAGUGGAUCUGAACAAGAUAUUUACUCCAGCACCUGAUGCUGAAGAGCAUAUUAUCAAGAAAGACCGUAAAUUUGAGAAAACUUUCGCAUCAUCAGCGUUUUACGUACCAGGAGUGCAUCCCACAGUGAAAGAACAAAUGGAUUUAGCGAGAGCUAUUUCCAAGUCGCUGUCCGACUCCAGCAAUCAUAUGAGCAAGGGUCAGAGUAUGUACGUGAAUAGAAAGAAACGCUCUGUGAAAUGGGUGCAUGAAGGACGAGGACGCAACACAUCUAACACCUGUGCUUCUGCAACUCCAGUCGCGAACCACGACACACCGUACCGUCCGCCAUCUAGCCUCCGAAAUCAGAAGACCUAUCCAAAAUCAGCGCUAAAACACUCUUCGAAUUUACCAAAAAUGGAACCUUUUCCUGUCACACCGCCCACAAUAACUGUGCAAAAUAUUGAAGUACCAGUUCCUUUGGCUCCAACGAAGUUAAAUGAUGUCUAUGCAUCACCGAAAAGCCCGCGUUUGCCUCUUGUUUGUGGCCCAAAUUUCAAUGUAGCGCCACGUGGUUGGGGCGAAAUGAAAGAUUACUAUAGACCUGUCUCACUAGAUGGCGUUGGCAAUGCUGCUUACACAGAUUAU